AUUAUCUACUCCUUUGAGUAAAAGAUGCACGAACGGUCGCUUCCUGCCUCUCCCAACUGGUACUGCUCGCGUUGCAGCGAUGUCAACAGCAGCGGUUUAUUGGGUAUCGGAGCCAAAAACAUCAUCUACCUGAUCGAAGUGUGUGCGUCCAGCUGCAGGGUCAAAGGUGAACUCGUCGGCCACAAAGACCUGGUGUCUGGCUUUUCCUUCUGUCAACAUGCAGAGCAGAGUCACCUCUGUGUCAGCUCGUCCGUAGACGGGAACGUUCGCUUCUGGGAUUCGGAAACCAGAGCAGUUGUAAAAGAGCACACAGCUCAUCAGAACCCCGUCUCGGCUGUCCACUGGUCACCGGUGGAUAAAAACCUGGUGGUGUCGGGUGAUGAGAAGGGCAUCAUGGUGUGUCACUGGUUCCACACAGGAGACACCGCUAGCUUCUUCCCAGAGCCCAGGACCAUCUUCUGCCUGAGCUGCUCCCCUCACACCUGGAGCUGUGUGGCUGUGGGGUACAAAGAUGGAAUGAUCGUGCUGAUUGACGUGAGUAAGAAAGGAGAGGUGAUGCAUCGUCUGCGGGGACACGAUGAUGAGAUCCACUCUCUGGCGUGGUCAUGGGUGGCCAGCGAGGAUGCCCUCUAUAGCCGACCUGAGGACAAUGAAGGAACCAGCAGAGUGUCUGCAGGAGAGGAGGGAGGCUGUUAUCUGGCAUCUGGAAGCAAAGACCAGACAGUGAGGAUCUGGAGCACCGCCAAGGCCAGAAGUGUGAUGACCCUGAAGCUGCCAUUUCUGAAAAAAAGAGGCUCAGCCGUCGACCCCGGGGUCAAAGAAAGACUCUGGCUCAACGUGCACUGGCCGAAGGGUCGAGCCACGCAGCUUGUGUCAAGUUGCUUCGGUGGUGAGUUGGUGAUGUGGGAUUUGACGAGGACAGGAAAACAGAAGUGGACUGUGUUCGGGACGAGUUCAGAGGGGCAGAACCACAGUCGGAUCGUCUUCAACACCAGUUUGGUCCAGUUGCAGGAUGGCAGAGAGCUGCUCAUCAGCACCUCCAUGGACCGCGAGGUUAAAUGUUGGGACCUGGCGUCUCUGGACUGCUGCUGGACUCUCCCCACUCUGGGCGGCUUUGUCUACGCCCUGACUUUCUCGCCCGUGGGUGUAGGCUGCCUGGCACUGGGCGUCGGCGACAACAUGAUCCGGGUGUGGAACACCCUCACGACUCAGAACCAGUACGACACCAGGUUGUUCUGGCAAGGCAUCAAGUCCAAAGUCACAGCGCUGGCCUGGCAUCCAAGGAGAGAAGGAUCACUGGCAUUUGGAACAGAUGAUGGAAAAGUUGGCAUCUAUGACGUCUUCUCAAACAAGCCUCCACAGAUAUCGAGCUCCUAUCACAGAAAAACAGUCUACACACUGGCCUGGGGGCCCCCGGUCCCCCCGAUGUCAUUUGGAGCAGCAGAAGGAAAGGCAGCCUACAGUCUGUACAGCUGUGCUGGCGAAGGCAUCAUCCUGCAACACGACCCGUAUAAGCUGAGUGGAGAGGCGUCAGACAUUGAUAAACUGAUCAAAGACACCAACAACAUCCAGCACAAGCUGUCGCCGCACACCGACCUCAGCUGGAAGCCAGACGGGAAAGUGGUCGCCAUCGGCAACGAGGAUGGGUGCAUUGACAUCUACCAGGCUCCCAGUCUGAAGCUGUUGUGCAGCAUCCAGCAGCAUCACAAGAUCAUCAACACGUUACGGUGGCACCACGACCACAGCUCUCCACCCGAGCUGCACUGCUUACUGGCAUCAGGCUCCAGCAACGCCAUCGUCUACAUACACGAUCUGCGCUCUGUAAUAGAGAAUCCACCGGACAGUCCUGUAGUGUUGACGGAGCCGUAUCGCAGGUUGAGCGGUCACACGGCUAAGAUCACCGGCAUGGCCUGGAGCCCCCAUCACGACGCUCGCCUCGUCACAGUGUCCUAUGACGGCACCGCCCAGGUAUGGGACGUUCUGCAGGAGGCGGCUCUGUCUAAUUACCGGGGUCACUUAGGUUAUCUGCUCUGUGUUGCCUGGUCCCCCGAAGACCCGGAUGUGAUCUGGACCGGAGGGAAAGACUUCACCGUGCAGGAGUGGAGAGUCUCCAAGCAGGAGUUUACAAAGCCGCCUAAAGGUAAGAAGAUGGUGGAGCUGCAGGAAAAGAAGAAGACCAAUCCUAAGCAGAAAAAGAAGAACAAGAAGGCGACGGCAGAUGGAGGAGCUGCAGCGCCGACGAUCGUAAACGGAGCCGGAGAAAAGGCGACCUCAGCAGGACAAGAGGCGUCUGAUGAAGAGGAUGUGGAUGAAGUCAGCUCGACGAACAGCCCUGUACCUCCUCCAGGCAUCGGUGCGACGCAAAGAAAACCUUCGGCUCCUGUGAAGAGCAAAGACAAACCAGACGUGAACCUGUUGUCACAGAAGAAGAAGAAGCCUCGCUCCAUGCUGCCCGUCAGCACAUCCAUGGACCACCGGCCCAAAGAGGAUCUGCUGCAGGACUGCAUCACUCUGGCCUCCAUCAGGCACAGCAGCUUACCCCCUACAGGUUGUGUCCCCGGCCAGGGAGAACACAUCCACCUGGGACUGUUUCAUGACCGUGAGGCUCUGUACUGCAUGUUGGAAGCUGAAGAGGAGGCUCAUAUGGAGGCGGGACACUUUGACUCGGUUGUGUACCUGCGGCUCUGGAGCGGAGACCUGCAGGGGGCGCUGCAGCUCGCAACGGAGAAAGGAGAGCUGAACGACCACCUGCUGUCCGUCGCUCCAAUGGCUGGGUUCGAGGUGUGGAGCCGGGCGGUGGAGGCCUACGUCAGGCAGCUCUGUCUGCAGGAGCAGUACCUGAAGGCGGCGUCGCACCUGCUGUCAAUCAACAAGCUGUAUGAGGCCAUCGAGCUGCUGCGCUCUCACAAACUCUACAGGGAAGCCAUAGCUCUGGUCAAAGCCCGACUUCCAGCGAACGAUCCGGUCCUGAAGGAGUUGUACACCUGCUGGGCCGCCGUCCUGGAGAAGGAUGGACAUUUCUCUGCUGCUGCUAAAUGUUACCUGGCUGCAGGCGCCAGUUUUGAUGCCGCCAAAGUCAUCUCCAGGAAGAAUGAAGUGUCAUCACUGAGAGCGGCGGCGACUCUCGCGAGAAUCUCUGGAGAAGCGGUUCUGGCUCAGUCGCUGGCGCUUCGCUGCGCUAAAGAUCUGGCUGCGGUUCAGGACUGGGAGGGAGCUCAGCAGGUCUUGAAAACCCAGAAGAACCUCCUGGUGCACAGGCUACACUUAUGUGUGGCUGAGCUUCUGACUGGGACCCUGUUGGACGUCGGAGUCGUACCUCAGUCCUCUGUCUCUGGUCACCCGUGGGCGACGCCGGGAAAGAAUAGCACGAACUUCCUGGAGAGAGUGAGACAUGUGUGGGACGUGGAGUUUGGCGUUUCGGAAAAGUCGACGGACCAUUGCAGUGUCGCCGCCCUGGUGCAGGAGCUGAAGUCUGUGGAGAGUCCACAGUCCACCAGCAACGUUCCCCUCAAACAGCUGCUGCUCUUCUCGUCCCUCCAUCUGACCCGGGCUGUGCUGAGCUUCCUGUUAGAGGAGGAUGAUGACGAUCAGCUGAUGAAGGAGCUGUGGCAGGCGGUGGCGUGGACCAGAGACAGCGAACACUUCAGUGUGUCUGCAGAGUUCUGUAGGCUGCUGUUCCCUGACGGUGACAUCAGUGUUUGGUCCAAGAGGAAUCCCAGAAUCCCUCUGUCAGAAGAAACAGCUGCAGCUCCUGCCGUCAGUCUGCAGGCGUUCGUCUGUUACCACCGUCUGUAUGAACACUGGUGGAGCAACUCCACAGAGACCCAGACCCAGACCCAGACUCAGACCCAGAACGGACCCGCCCACCCAGCAGCCGCUGAACCCGGGGUCACAGACGAGCCGAAGGUGAACGGAGGUCUGUCGGAGUCUGGACGGAGCAGCUGCGCCUCGGACAUGUCGCUGCUGUUGUCCGAGUCACACGCCUCCUGUCAGGCCACCCAGAGGAUGAUGGGAAAUAUCCAGAACCGGUUGACGUCCAUGGUGCAGCAGCACAGCCGAACCCAGGGAGGCCAGCCGGACGGCGACGGAUCCACCAGAGAGUCGACGCAAAACCAGGACUCUGAAGAACGGGAGGAGGAGUCUUUCCUCUCUUUGUCCACAAAGAUGUCAGCGCUCCAGAAACAACUGGCCGAGCUGCCGGACACAUUAAAGACGUACCCUCACCCAGACGUGCUGGAAUGCUGCCUGGUUCUGCUGCACCUCAGCAGGGUUUCACCGUCCGUCUCAGAGUCGCUCCGACAGAAGGCCACAGAUCUGCUGCACAGAUACGGAACGAGUGGCAGCAUCCGCAGAGCCGCUCAGAGACUCACCGCCUGAACUCUGACCUUUAACCUGCCUUCAGGGAAACCAAACUGACGGAAGCACUUCCACCGUACGGCUGUUUAUGUCCAAUUAAGAAAAC